UCCCUGGGAAACUAGCCACAUGGAGGGUGCUGGGGACGUCCCGAGGUCUCUGCUCCCUAAUGUUCACCGGGGCCUCCCCUUUCCGGGCUCCCCAACUCGGGCAGCCCUGGUCUCUGGCUCCUACCUCUAUUACCACUAUGGCUGCGACGGGGUGGACGACCGGGGUUGGGGCUGCGGCUACCGGACCCUCCAGACCCUCUGCUCCUGGCUGACAGGGGCCGGAGCGGGGCCAGGGGGCUGCCCUCAGCCGGUCCCCACCCUCCUGGCCAUCCAGCAGGCCCUGGUGGAGAUGGGAGACAAGCCCCCGGCCUUCGCUGGCUCCCAGGACUGGAUCGGCACGGUGGAGGCCGGCUUGUGCAUGGAUCACUUUUUCGGGGUGCCGUGCAAAAUUGUGCACAGCCCCCGGGGCAGGGGGCUGGGGGGGCAGGUGGGGGCCUUGUAUGCCCAUUUCCAGGAGGGUGGGGGGCCUGUGAUGCUGGGGGGUGACGCUGAUAGCUCCUCCAAGGGGCUACUGGGGGUCUGCUCCGUGCCCACCGGCCACCAUCUCCUUGUCCUGGAUCCCCACUAUUACAGGGGGGCAGGGGGCCUGGGGCGGGAGGGGAUGCAGGCAGCGGGGUGGGUGCGUUGGCAGGGCCUGGCCUCCUUCGACCCCGUCUCCUUCUACAAUCUCUGCCUGCCGCAGUUCCGGCGGGACGCGGGCGAGGGAGAUGGCACCGGUGAAAACUGAUCUGCACGAGCGAGCAUCGCCCGGAUGGCCUCUGAGGGAGUCACUGGGCCCCCGGGAGCUUUGCACAAGGGCGAUGUCACUGGGACCCGUGAACAUUGGCUUGCACGAGCAAGGGUCACCCGGAUGGCUGCCAAGAGAUUUCCACAAGGGAGAUGUCACUGGGACUCGUGAACCUUGGUUUGCACAAGCAAGAAUUGUCCAGAGGGCCACCAAGAGCUUUGCACAAGGGAGAUGUCACUGGGACUUGUGAACAUUGCUUUGCACAAGUGAGAGUCACCCAGCUGGUCACCAAGGGGGUUGCACAAGUAGGCCAUGUGAAUUUGGUUUACACAAGCGAGAGUCACUAGACGGCCACCAAGGGCUUUGCACGAGGAAGAUGGCACGGGAACUCGUGAACAUUGGUUUGCAUGAGUGAGAGGAGUUUGCCCAAAGCUGCCACUCUCCUGGCCCGACCUGAGGGAAUGACAAUUCCCUGCUGAUUUUUGGGCCAUGUGCCCCCUCCAUGCUCCGGGAGGGAAUGAACAGAACAGGGCAGAUAGCAAGUGAUCCAUGCCCUGUCGUCCACUCUCGGCUUCGGGCAGGCGGAGGUUUAGGGACACCUGGAGAAUGGGAGGGGAAGGAGGGGGGUCGCAUCCCUGGCCGUCCUGGCUAAUAGCCAUUGAGGGACCAGGAACGUCUCCGAUUCGUGUUUGACUCCAACGAUGCUUUUGGCCUUUGCAGCGUCCUGCAGCGAGGAGUUCCCCAGGUUAACUGUGUGUUGCGUGAAGCAAUCCUUCCUUCCUGCUGCCUAGUCACUUCAGCGGGUGACCCCUGGUCCUGGUGUGAGCAGUGAACCAUCUCCCACGCUGCCCAAAUCGCUUUCACGGCUCAUUCAGCCCCCCUGCCUUUUGCACGCUUCCUUCGGGGAACCCGGCCCUCCUGGCGUCGCCAGGAAUUAGCGAUCCAUUCGGUAAGGAAAGAGCGCGUCCUGAGAUGAAACGCCCGGGAAUCCGGCUGGCCACACCGGACCACCCGCUGGGACAAUUUUCUCCCCGCUGCUUGGGGCACAAACCGCGGAGAUGCCGGGCUGAACGUGUUCUCAGCUGGGGAGCCCGCUCCGAGCCAGGACCCCUGCCCCCAAAAGGGGCUGUUAAAAGCCAGGAGCCGGGGAACUUGGGGGAGCAAACACUCUCUAAAGGGAAAGCAAGCGGCAGGGGCAGGCCUGGGACAGACCCGGGAACGGACCAGUCCGGGCCCACCCCGCUCCAAAGACUGGGGGCAGUUGCAGGUCUCCGCUGGGGAACUGGAAAGCAAGGGCUGUGGAUGGAUCUGGGAGCACCCACAGAUACAUCUCGUGUAUUUUUUCCUUUUUAAAUGUGCCUUUGCCACCUAGGGAGAUUUCCCUGUUACCAGCCGGGCGUUCCUCGACCUUCGCUCUUCUGCCACUUCGGUUGCUGUCAAUCCAGUUACAAGGCUUAUUGCAU